CAAAAAAAAUACGAAAUGAAAACAAAAUCCCAUAGCUCACAAGAAAAUAGUCUCUGGCGUGUAAAGAUAUUUAAUUAAUUUAAAUAAAAGAUUUUUAUUUAAAUAUGUCUGAAAACUCUGCUGAAGGCGCCGUUGGAGGCGAUGUUAACAACAAUGGCACCGGAGUGGAGGAGCAAGUGGAGCAACCAGCUGCACAGCCACAAAAUGAGCUUCUCGAUAUGGUAUUCACAUUGGAGAGCGAGAAACAAGCGUUGCUAGAGGAGUCUCGCAAAAGAAUCGGUGCUCUGCGUAAAGAUUUUGAGGAAGCUCGUUGUGAGAAUGAGAGGCUAAAGAAGCGUGUGUCCAAUUUGGAGCAAUCUCUCAAACAGUCGGUGAUGCUGGGCGGCGUUGAUGCGCCCAAAUCACGUCAAGAGCAGGAUGAAUUGCUGCUCAAAGCCAAAACGCUGCUCUUCGAGAAGACCAAAGUGAACAAACAGCAGGAACAACAGAUUGCUGUGCUCAAGGAGCAAGUCGAUUCCAUCAAAGAAGUGCUGCAGGUUACCAAAGACAUGUUGCAACUGAAGACCACAGAAUGCGAGCACACGGAGGCACGGCUGGAGAAGAGUCAGCUCUGGAUUAAGGCCGAGCAGGACAAGUGUUUGUUGACUGAAAAGAAGCUGCUUAUCUCGAAGGCUGUGUACGAUAAGCUGCGAGCGGAAUACGACACACAGUCCAAGAUAUUUAAGGAUCUGAAAUCCGCCUAUGAACAAAAGUUGAAGGUGCUGAGCAUCGCAUUGGAGGAGGCCAAGAAAUAGUUGAACAUUUUAAUAAACUACAUAAUGUUAAUUAAAUGCACAAAUAUUGUUUAUAAGUUUAUAAUAAUUUAAUCAUCUUUCAUAUUUGUUCUGCGUCAACGCGUUGCCGGCCGGGUGGAGUCCUUGACCUAAACCUUAGGCUGUCUGCUUGGCUUGUGGUUGCUGCUGCUGUUGUUGCUGCUGCUGCUGAAUCAUCUUCGCUGCAGCUGCUUGCUUCACCUCCAGUAUACCGAUCACAGAGUUGAGGAAACGCGUCUUUUGCAGCUGAAUCUUUUCGAUUUUCUCGAUCUGCUCCUGCACGUACUCGACGCGACGCUUGAAAUAGUCCUUGGAACCAUCCAAAUCCUAUGAAACAAUCCGAUGUUAAGUUAAGCAAUUUAAAUGAAACAAAUCAAAUACCUUUUCGAUGUAGUAGCCGGUGCCAAUGUCUAUGAUAAAGUUGUUGAGGUCCUUGAUGCGACCGGGCACGUACAUACUGCUGGUGAGUGGCACCAGGAUCUGACGAUUUUCCCAAUCAGGCUGGAACGAUUCUAAGGCAUCUUUGGAGCCAGCGUAUUUCGCUUUGCAGCUAUGCAGAGUUGACAACGAGUCCUGUAUACUGCUCAUCUCCUAAACACGCCAAGUGAAAAACCAUUUAAUUGUAACAUGUGCAACACAACGAUGUUGCAACCCGUUCUUGCCGUUGCCCCCUCCCUUGACUCUUUAUGGUCGGUGAGCAAGAGCAAACACCCACAUGCGAUUCGGUAGACUCACCUGCUCGAACUCUUGCUUGAUUUGCAUCAAUUGGUCCGGACUGAGCUUGGUGAGAUCGAUCAUCUCGGUUUUAGCGGUAUUAUUUGCGGUCGCAGCCAUGUUUUGUGCUUAAACUUAUAA